AGCGGUCUGAAGAGUUCGCCAGUCAAACAUGUCAGACGCGCUGGUGUGUGUUCGAGAUUAUGAGCUUCGCGCUCGACAGAUUCUGCCAAAAUCUGUGUUCGAUUAUUAUUUCUCAGGAGCCGACGAGCAGGAAACUCUGCGUGAUAAUGUUGCGGCAUUCAAGAGGUGGUGUUUUUACCCUCGUGUGCUGAGAGAUGUGUCCAGUGUGGAUUUGUCCACCACGGUUCUGGGUCAGAGAGUCAGUUUGCCCAUCUGUGUGUCUGCCACCGCCAUGCAGAGAAUGGCUCAUCCGGAUGGAGAGACGGCCACUGCCAGAGCAUGUCUGUCCUCUGGCACGGGGAUGAUGCUGAGCUCCUGGUCCACCUCCAGCAUUGAGGAGGUGUGUGAGGCUGCACCGGGAGCCGUGCGCUGGCUGCAGCUCUACAUCUAUAAAGACCGAACGCUGACUCAGUCUCUGGUCAGGAGAGCCGAGGACGCCGGCUAUAAGGGCAUCUUUGUCACUGUGGACACGCCUUAUCUUGGCAGGCGACGCGAUGACGUGCGCAACCGAUUCAAGCUGCCCUCUCAUUUGAGGAUGGCGAAUUUCGAGUCUCCAGAUUUAGCGUUCUCCAAGAAAGAGGGUUACGGGGAGGACAGCGGGCUGGCGGUGUAUGUGACGCAGGCUAUUGAUGCCACGGUCAGAUGGCAGGACAUCGGCUGGCUGAAAACGCUCACAAAGCUGCCUGUGGUGGUCAAAGGGGUUCUGACAGCUGAAGACGCUAAAGAAGCAUUGAAGUACGGCGUGGAUGGAAUACUUGUGUCAAACCACGGAGCAAGACAACUCGACGGGGUCCCGGCCACCAUUGAUGCUCUGCCGGAGGUGGUGGCGGCUGUAGCAGGACAGGUGGAGGUGUUCAUGGAUGGAGGGGUUCGAAUGGGCUCAGAUGUGCUGAAGGCUUUGGCUUUGGGAGCGAAGGCUGUGUUUAUUGGCAGACCUGUCCUGUGGGCGCUUGCAUGCCAAGGUGAGAAAGGAGUCAGUGAUGUUCUGGAAAUACUGCGCGAGGAACUGCAUCUCGCUUUAGCGCUGGCAGGAUGUCGCUCACUGAAGGAAGUCAACAGAUCCCUUUUGAGAAGACCUGAACUCAUUUCCAGGAUCUGAUGAGCAUGUACUGUAAGUGCUGCAUGCUGGGAGAUUCGCUGCGUUUCAAUGACUGGGUGGACUUGUGCAGUUCAAAUGAACCCCGAGGAUUUGGGCACGACAGAUUUAGCAUCAUGAAUAAAACAUUUGUGUAAGUCA